AUGACGUGCAACGAGAGAACUCGGUACUCCAUGGCCAUAAAUUCUACUCCUACGUUGUACUACCUCUCACAGUACUGGCGUGCCAGUCAGUAUGGGCCACCUACUCGUCGGACGAAUGCACUUGCUCGCAACGUGGUUCGCGUUUCAUGCUGCACUAUCCCGGCAUCGAUGUCCAUGGACCAGGGCAUCGAAUCACGCACUAAUACACACAGAGACAGACAGAUCGUGCCACAGUCUCCCUAUAGGAAGCAAUACGUGGAGCGAUACCGCCUCGUUCGGCUGGGCAUCGCUUCGUCCUUGUGCUACAAGUACUCCGUAUACUGCUACUCGUGCUACUGGUAUGUGCCACUCCCUUUCUCAAUGGAGCAAGAAAGGAGGAGGAGGAAACCCAUGGGUGGCCCGGGCCACGAGGCAGCAAUUGCCGACAAGGGCUGCUUUUGCCAAAUGUGA